AAAAAGAUUCUGCAAAGGAAAAAAAACAGAGAGCUGAGAAAAUGGUGAAAGACAGGAAGAUCGGAGUUGCCAUGGAUUUCUCGAAGAGCAGCGAGGCCGCACUGAAAUGGGCCGUGGACAACCUGGCUGACAAGGGCGACACUUUCUUCAUCGUCCACAUCAAACCCCAUCGUCCUCAUGAAUCUCGCGAUGACCUCUGGUCUCAGUCUGGCCCUCCUUUGAUUCCUUUGUCUGAGUUUCGUGAGCCGGAGGUGAUGAAGAAGUACGAUGUCCAGACUAACAUUGAAGUUCUUGAUCUUCUUGAUACGGCAUCUAGGCAAAAAGAGAUAAACGUGGUUAUAAAGUUGUACCUGGGAGAUGCAAGGGAGAAGCUAAUUGAAUCAAUUGAUGAUCUGAAGUUGGAUUCUUUGGUCAUGGGCAGCAGAGGGCUUAGCACCCUGCAGAGGAUCAUAAUGGGGAGUGUGACGAGCUAUGUAUUGUCGGAUGCAACCUGCCCGGUGACCGUUGUGAAGCAUCCAGAUUUUCACAAGAAGUGAUCAUGGUGUCCAAAGAUGAACAAGAUAGAAGCUUUUUUAUAUCACUAUCUUUUUUGUUUUAAAUGCUUAUCUUACUUACUAGAGAUGCUUAUUUGUGUUUGUGCUGUCUAUCUAAAGCGAAAUGUGCUCCCAUCCUCCCAAAAAAUGAAGUGGUACUGGAAAUGAUGUAGAAUAAAGCUAGGAGUAAACCAAAGUGCUGUACCCUAUUUGUACACCAGAUCAUCACAGACAUUAUGUGGACAUUAUGUGUCUGUGGAUCACAGUCACAUAACAUAAUAUCUGUUUUGUUUGUGUUUGGUGUACCCCUAGCAUGCCCCAAUGAUGUAAAGGGGAUUGAUUGUGUUUGGUUUCCCCUGCCCUAACCAUAGAGAACUCUUCCACUGCAAUGUUUACUUAUGGAUACUUUAGAAAGCUUAUAGACUCUCAGUUUCUUGUAUGCUUGGCAUUAACAUUU